AUGGAAGCUGACAACCAAUCAGGAAUCACAAACUUCAUCCUUCUGGGACUUUCUGAAGACACGGAGCUCCAGCCUCUGCUUUUUGGCCUAUUUCUCUACAUGUACGUGGUCUGCGUUAUCGGGAAUGCGCUCAUCGUCCUGGCCAUUGUCUCAGACCCCCACCUCCACACGCCCAUGUACUUCUUCCUCUCCAACUUGUCUCUCACAGACAUUUGCUUCACCACCACCACUGUCCCCAAGAUGCUGGCAAACCUGCAAACCCAGGAUAGAAGCAUUACGUACAAUGGGUGCCUCACCCAGUUAUUCUUCUUCAGUAUCUUCGCAGCCCUGGAUGACUUGCUCCUGACCAUCAUGGCCUAUGACCGCUUCGUGGCCAUCUGUCACCCUUUGCACUACAUGGUCAUCAUGAGUCCCCGGCUCUGUGGCCUCCUGCUUCUGUGUUCUUGGUCCAUUUGUCUGAUCUACUCUUUCUUGCAAAGCUUGAUGGUGCUAAGAGUCUCUUUCUGCAGAGACACGGAGAUCCCCCACUUUUUCUGCGAACUGGCCCAGUUCCUCAAGCUGGCCUGUUCUGACAUCCUCAUCAAUAACAUCAUUCAGUAUUUCAUUACUGUUCUACUGGGUAUCAUUCCCUUGAUUGGCAUCUUGUUUUCCUACACGAAGAUCAUUUCCUCUAUCCUCGGCAUUGCAUCGGCCCAGGGUAAGUAUAAGGCCUUCUCCACCUGCGGCUCUCACCUGUCUGUCAUCUCUCUGUUUUAUGGCACUGGCCUGGGUGUCUACCUAACCUCUGGAACAGCCCACCCCUCCAGAACGGGCUCAGUGGCAUCGGUCAUGUACACGGUGGUCACCCCCAUGCUGAACCCCUUCAUCUACAGCCUCAGAAACAGGGACAUCAAGGGGGCCCUGCGGAGACUCUUCUGUAGAGGCGCUGAUGUUCAGUGA